GAACCGAAUCCUGGAGGACACAUGGCAGCCGGUCGCGCGGCGAAUCCACCACGCCCCACCCACCCACCCCGCCGGUGAGACCGCGCGUGGCGCCAUCUUUUUCUUCUGUCUCUGUGUCGCCACGCCUCGUCGUCGUCGUCAGUUUGCGCGCCCUCGUCUCGGGAAAGAAAGAGCGCCUUCUCCACGGAACCCUAGAGCAGAUACGAACAAGCAGCUCCUCGAAUCUCGAGGCCGCGAUAGUAAUUCUUCUUGGUCCAAUCUCGUUUCGCCGCCAUGGAUUUCAUGAAGGUGCUCGAUCAGGCCGUCCGGGAGAUAAAGAGGGAGGUGAACCUCAAGGUACUCAAGGUGCCCGAAAUCGAGCAGAAGGUUCUUGAUGCCACAAGCGACGAGCCGUGGGGGCCUCAUGGUUCCGACUUGGCGGACAUUGCCCGAGCCACCAAAAGAUAUGAUGAAUGUGCAAUGAUCAUGAAUGUGUUGUGGCAACGGCUGGGGAACGCCGGUGCGAAUUGGCGUCAUGUGUAUAAGGCAUUGGCUGUGAUUGAGUAUCUUCUGGCUAAUGGCACUGAACGUGCCGUCGAUGACAUUAUUGACAAUAGCUCACAAAUUGCGACAUUUACAAGCUUUGAGUAUGUGGAGCCUAAUGGAAAAGAUGUUGGGCUUAACGUGCGAAAGAAGGCUGAAACUGUUCUGGAUAUUGUGGAUGACGGGGAGAAGCUUCAACAAGUCAGGGAGAAGGCUGCUGCUACGAGGGAUAAGUACUUUGGUUUAUCAUCGACUGGAAUGACAUACAGGUCAAGUGCAACAUCAUUUGGCAGUGGCAGAAACUCAUCUGGUAGUCUUUACGGAGGCACUGGGAGUUCAAGGGAAGCUGACGCAAUCAGGGAUAGCUACAGAGGCAAAGAAUGGAGCAACAGCGGUAAAGAAACAGUGUCAGGUUACAACACAGCUAGAAAAAUGUCAAAAGAAAAUACGAACGGUGCAACUAGCUAUAAGUCAACAAAGAAAGAAUGGCAUGGCAGGAGAAAUCAUGAUUCUUCAACAUCACAUUCGAAACCAUCGUCAAAUAUGAGUGUCACAUCUGGAGGCCCAAGUUCACAGAAAGUGAACAAUGAAGAUGAUGAUGACUUCAACCCACGAGGAUCUUCCACAUCUGCCAAUGCGAGCUCUAAUCACGUGGAUCUCUUUGGACCAAGUUUAAUGGAUGACCUUGUCGACACCACCGCAAUGCCAAAUGUUGGAACUGCUCCUGUGCCAGAAGUUGAUUUAUUUGCCAAUACAGCUUUCCAGUCAGCAAAUGCUCCAUUAGAGACAGCAACUGGCUCUCACUCUCAGGAUAGUGUUGAUCUAUUUGCGAGCAGAUCAUCUUUAGGUAGUUCUAACAAAUCGUCAGAGCAUAAUCUAUCUUCCCCUGCACAUCCUUCUGCCUCUGCCUUUGAUCCCUUCCAACCAUCCUUUGCCACAUCAUUCCCUUCAGGCACAGGGUCAUCAGUGCAUGACACCCCAAGCAAAUCGUUACAAGAAAAAAAACCCACACCUCAACAUGCUAGUGCCGCAUCUUUCGAUCCUUUCGCUACAAUUGAUGGAUCCAACGCAUUUGGUGCAUUCGCUUCAAAUACAAGUUCAGGUCUUACUGAACCAACACAUAAUCCUACUGGAAAUGUCAAAAUAUCUGAUCGUAGUCCUUUAGAGGAGCUGAAUUUUGGUGCCUUAACUUCACAAAUGGAAUCGCCUACAGCAAGUGCCAUCAAACCCAUGAAUACGUCCCCCACAAAGCUGGAGCCGGUCUCUAUGUCAGCAUCAAAACCAGAUUUGAAGAAAGGGGCUUUCCAGGUCAAGUCUGGCAUAUGGGCAGAUUCUUUGAGCCGUGGGCUUAUUGAUUUGAAUAUAACUGCCCCAAAGAAAGUUGAUCUUUCAGAUGUUGGGGUUGUUGGGCAGCUGAGUGAUGGAUCUGAGGAGAAAGGACCAGCUGCUCCGUGGUACACGGGAACGACAAUGGCCACUGGAUCAGGCCUUGGAGACUUCAAGUGAUCCAUAUUCAGGAUAUUCUCCUUUACGUUGAGUGGGCAUUUCUCCCUAUCCAUGGUUCUUGCAGAAUUGCAAUAUCUGAUUUCUUGGAUCAUUUAUGCAAUUUUGCACCUACACAUCUCGCCACUCAGUUUCUGAGAUGAUCAAGUACUGCAAAAUAACUGUAAUCUGUGAACUUCAUGUGCUGUAGUUUUGUAUCUAUUAAUCAGUGCAAAGUAAAUGUGUUUUUUGUGCACAAGUGAAUAAAGCCUUUUAAAUUUUUUUUUCUAGAAGGCCUUUUUGUAUUUUUCGAGAGUGCCCUGUCUCGGUUUUCAAUAGUACAGGGCUCCUGUAAAUUUGCAUUCUCUAUUUGUACAUCGGAAAAUUGGCUGUGGAAGUUACAAGAGGCCUAAACCAGCACCUUAGAAUUGUCUUCUGGCCGAUGAAGAAGGCACGGUACUCGCUUGUGCCGUAACGAUCAAGAAUUGAUUUCGCUUAUUUAUCC